CACCCCCACUCCCCCCCACCCACUCGCCCCCCAUCCAUGGAGCCGCUCGGCAGCGACGCGCCGGCUCCUCCGCCGCUGCGAAGGCGAAGCGGCAAAGUUCGCGGCGCAGCGCGAGCGGUCGCGGCCAAGCAGGGGAAGCCGCAGCAGGCGGUGGGCCCCAGAGGCAAGCGAGGCCGCCUGGCCGGCCACGGCCGCCUCGCCCUCGUCGCUGCGCUGGCUGGAGCUUUUGGACUCGUGCACUGGUACCAUCUUAGCAGCUUGUUUGAGAAUGACCGUCAUUUCUCCCACCUGUCGACCCUCGAACGGGAGCUCACCUUCCGGACCGAGAUGGGCCUGUAUUACUCCUAUUACAAGACCAUUGCAGAGGCACCCACAUUUUGGUCUGGCCUGGACAUGAUCAUGCGCGACCGACUGACCGAAUACCCGCAAGUGAUCAACACCCUCAAACGGUUCAACCUCUACCCCGAGGUAAUUCUUGGGGGCAUGUACCGGACGUACCUGGCUGUGACGAACAGCCUGGGAAUCCAGACUGUGCAGUGCUGGACCGUGAAUCGUGGCAACAUGCUAAGUGCCAUCUCCAGCUGCGAGGGUAAAGCCACCCAUGCGUCGUCACACCGCUUGCUUCCUCUGUGGGGAUCCCCAAGUUCAUUGAACGCAGAAUUCCCGACACGCUCUCCGCAAUUAUUAUUUACAAGUGGGAGUGUCGCUGGAGGCCUCGUGGCUGUCCUGUCCUUCUUCUUCAACCACAGCGAGGCAACGCGAGUCAUGUGGACCCCACCACUCCGGGAGAGCUUUUCCUACCCAUUCCUGGUGCUGCAGAUGCUGCUGGUUACCAGAGUUCUCCGGAAGCCACAGCUGGAAAAGUUGACCCUGGGCAUGCUCGCUGGCGCCACCGUUUGCUUCGUGCUGUGCUGGCAGUUUGCACAGUUCGUCCUGCUCACGCAGGUCGCGUGCCUUUUCGCGGUCUACAUUUUGGGCUACAUCGAUGCUGAGAAAAUGAAGACGUUUGUUCUCCUGAACGUGCUGUGCCUCGUCGUCUCCUGCACCCUCAUGUUCGGGAACGAGAUGCUGCUCAGCUCCUUCUACGCCGCCUCCCUCGUCGCCAUCUGGGUGGUCGUCAGUCUGCAUUCGUGGCUGAAUAGGAUUUCCCGGGUUGACCUGUUGAGAUGGGUGGCACAAGCGGGCAUGUGGCUCGCAGUCACCUUCGUCAUAAAGACGGCCUGGAGCCGCCUGCUGGGAGUAGCCGACGACGCCCACAUUUUCAACAUCUUGAAGUCCAAGCUGACGGGCUACAAGGAUUUCGACACACAGAUGUACACCUGUGCUCCCGAAUUCGACUUCAUGGAAUAUCAGACGGUGCACAAAUACACGGCCACGCUGCUGCUGCCCGCGGUCCUCGUCGUGUUCGCCAUCAUCGUCUACAAGGCAAUCAAGGAUAAACUCGCGCUGUUGAGGAGCUCUCCUUCUCCCAGAGUCCUCGACAGAGGGCUUACUUCUCCUCCCCAGAUGAAUAAGGAAAGACUGAGCCCUCAUCACGCCACGGUACCCAAGGGAGCUGCUGCAGAGCCUGAGCAGGCCGAUUCAAAGUCGCAUCAUGCCGAGCUGGUGUUCCACGCGCUCAUGCUGAUCGUCUUCGCCGUCAUGGCCGUGCUCAUCAUGAGACUGAAGCUCUUCCUCACGCCCCACCUGUGCCUCAUGGCCUCCCUGCUCUGCUCGAAGAAGACGCUGGGGGAGCCCCGUCGCAAGUGGCUGGCGCACGGGCUGGCGCUCGUCACGGUGGCCCUCAUGAGCGUACAGGGAACGAGCAACAUCCACGCGCAGUGGGCCAACGUGGGCGAGUUCAGCAACGUGGAGCAGGAGGACCUCGUCACGUGGAUCAAGUCCCACACGCCGGAGGACGCCGUGUUCGCCGGCGCCAUGCCCACAAUGGCCAGCAUCAAACUCUCCACAGGCCGGGCGAUCGUAAACCACCCUCAUUACGAAGACGCCGGUCUCAGAGCACGCACGAAGAAAGUCUACUCGGUGUACAGCCGCAAGGGCGCGGCGGAGGUGAAGGGGAUCCUGCAGGAGAUGGGCGUGGACUACCUCGUGCUGGAGGACUCCUGGUGUACACGCCGGACCAAGCCGGGCUGCAGCCUCCCUGAAAUCUGGGACCUAAUCGACCCCGAAAACAAAGGGAAAACCCCCCUGUGCUCUCACCUGUACAACCACCCAUACCCACACUUCUCUCCGGUCUUCAGCAAUGAUGUUUACACUUUGCUGAUGGUUGACACCGAGAUUCGGGCAGAGAAGGGGUCCACCUAAUGGCACAAAACCAAUCGCAGCCGCGUGUCGGUCCGCUGAUGGAGAAGACCGCUCGCCCCCGAGACCUCUCGCUUUUUGGCAGAGGGCCGAGCGCUGCGCUGCCAAGAAACAAAACACUGUUCUUAGAUCGAGGGCACGAUCCAAGUUAAAACCUGCACAUCAGUUUUAAACUUCGCGUGGACGAAACCGCUUGUGCACUCUGCAAUACAAACCACGUGACCGCCACCGCGCGCCCCACACCACUCGGCACUCACAAACACGCGCACGAAUCCACACGCGUGUAACGUGGCACCCCCUGCACACGCGCACAACGAUGUAAACGGAUCCCUCGCAGCCGUACACGCAGAAUAAUCCACUGCUGGAUGAAGGCCCCCUCCCCUUCCAACGUGUCCAUCAUGGUGGCGAGCAAGUGACCAUACUUCACUCUGCUGGUCAGCGUGGGUUGGUGACGCUGCUAGUUCGCGAGUCGAGCGGCGGCCAACGCAGAGCAGCACCGUGCGCCCCCCGUCUCAACCCCCCCCUCCCCUCGUCCCCAUGUGAUUAUGAAAGAUGCAAAACAAAAAGUUGGUACCAUUUUCCCAGCUCCCACCGUCGCUACUGUGCACAGAGAGUCGAGCGAUGUCGCGAGCUCCGUCUUUACAACAUCGUUGCACUUCCUCCGCACCGCCAAUUAGCACGGUUGGCUACGUACGGCGUGAAAGAAGUUCUACGCACGGACAUACGUUCAACGUGCAUGCAACGUGCCUACAUCAACGGCGGGCGUCGACGCGAGUCGUCGUCACGCGCGAGCUGCCUGGACGCCUCGCAGGGAUGUUUCCUGGCGGGAGCGUAGCGGCGUGGUCUCGCGACCACGUCCACGCGGGGGUCACGGCCCGUCCCACGCCAGCCACCUGCCACAGCGCUGACCCGCGGCUUUGCCCCGCUGACGUCGGUGAGCGCUGCCACCACCGUGAUGCACGGGGGCUGUGUUUGACGCCACGUUUGGCAGCGUGGCGCCGAAAUAGUUUCCACUGUGCUGUGCCCCCUCUCCAAUGCACGUCUGACUUUGGCGGGUGCCCAUUGUCAUUGCUCUGGCUGUUUCCAGACUGAUUAAAGCGGGGAAAAGUUUUAAAGUACAUAUCACUUCUGGGCCUUGGCCCUGUUCCCAUCUCCCUCCCGCCCAUCCACCCACCCACCCAGCUCAGCAGGCAGCAGUAAUAAUGUUCAGUGCGCUCUGGGGACGAUGAGGUUCUCUCGUGGUUGCCCAGGCAGCCACGAGAGUCGAUCGUGACGAGCAACGUGGGGUGUCGAAUGGGGACGUGCAGUGUUCUUCGUCACCAAGGAACCUGAGCAAA